UCAAAAAGCUCAUCACUUUUCUCUUUUCUUCUUCUUCUUCUUCAUUUUCUCUUCCCUAAAAAAAAUCCCAAAUGCAAUUCAACACAACCUAUAAAAAAAACACCAAAAGAACAAAACUUGUUCAUUAUUUUUUUCAUAUAUGCAUCCCCAUUAUUAUAGUUACUUGAUUUUUUGGUUACUAGUUACAACAAUUCUAUUUAAGUAUGGUUAUUGUGAGUCAUCAUCAAUUGGAAUUGGUUACCAAUUUACUCUGCCUGUGGUGGUGGGAAUCAGUAGUGGAAGAGCUUAUUUAAUGGAGAGCAGUAAUGAAAUAAAAAAUGAGCCAAAUUUUAAGGUGGCAUUGAGUGUUGAAGCCAUUGAAGAAAAGUUCUUUUGUUGUUUGGAAGUGUUUUUGGGAGAUGUUAAGGUUUGGAAUUCAUGUCAUUACACAAGAUUUUAUAUGGUUGAUAAGUGUGUUCUUGAUUUUACUCAAGAUGGGGUUUUGAAUUUGAAGGGUUCUAAAGAUACAAUUGGGUGGACAACAGCUACUUCUGGACAAGGUGUGCAGAGAUUACAGAUACUAAGAACAGGGAAUCUAGUUCUAGUUGAUGGCUUGAACAAUAUAAAGUGGCAAAGUUUCAAUUUUCCAACUGAUGUUAUGCUUUGGGGACAGAGACUUAAUGUUGCAACUAGGUUAACUUCUUUCCCAAGCAACUCAACUUCAUUUUACUCUUUGGAAAUUAAGAACAACAAGAUUGGACUAUAUCUAAAUUCUGGUGACUCAAGCUACUCAUAUUGGGAAUUCAAGCCUUCCAUGAAUAGAAACUUAACUUUCAUGGCAUUGAGUUCAAAGGGGUUAGAGUUGUUCAAUGAUCAAGGUAAGAAAAUCGCUCAAAUUAGGUCUCGAAAAUAUGAUCCUCCCUUAAGAUUUUUGGCAUUGGGAAACAAAACAGGUAACUUAGGUCUUUAUUUUUACUCUCCAAGCAAAGCUCAAUUUGAGGCCUCUUUUCAAGCCCUAAAUACCACUUGUGAUCUUCCUUUGGCUUGCAAGCCUUAUGGAAUUUGCACAUUUUCGAAUGCUUGCUCUUGCAUUCGGCUUUUGAAGGAGGAGGAAGAAGAAGGGGUUGGCUCGGGUUGUGGUGAGGGAUUUCGAGGAGGGUUUUGUGGUGGUGGUGUUGGUGGGAAAAAUGAGGUUGAUAUGGUUGAAUUAGAGGAUGUUAAGAGUGUGUUAAGAGAUUAUGAUCAUGAUUAUAGAAGAGGUAAUAAUGUUAGUAAAACACAAUGCCUUGAGAUGUGUUUGGAUGAUUGUAAAUGUGUUGGUGCAUCUUUUAACUCACAAGCUUGUUUUUUGUACAAAUUGGUAGGAGGACUUAAACAAGUGGAUAGAGGGAGUGGAAUGAGUUUUUUGGUUAAAGUUCCUAAGGGAAGCACUACAAGUGGUACUCAUGGAAAAUCCAAUGUAAAAAAGUGGGUUGUGAUUUUGGUUGGUGUUGUUGAUGGGAUGAUUAUUUUGCUUGUUUUUGGAGGUGUUGCUUAUUAUUUGAUUAGAAAGAAAAGGAAUAGCCAUGGUGACACUCCUCACAAUUGAUAACAAUAUGAGAUUUCAUUUUUUUGAAAUAUAAACCAUUUUCUUCCUUUUUUGUAAAAAUAUACAACUUUUUUUUUUGUUUUACAUUAAUACCUGAGUUUGUGUAUUUAGAUUGGUUGUUGGCUUCAUUAGUUUGUUUCAAUUGCAAAU